AGCGCCCGGCGCUCAUCCGAUCCGCGCGGCCGCGCCGGCUGUGUCAAGUUACAGAGGCGCCGGAAUCGGCCCCAGCACGGCUCACUGCGGCCACGACCCACUUCUGCCCAUGGGGCCCUGUAUGCGCGCCCCUUCGCCUGGGGACUGACACCCGCUCGCCCCAGAGACUCGAGACACCUAGUAGGACCCCGAGCGUCGCACCAGUCCGAAGAUUCUGCAGAGGCGAAAGGGGAAAGAGCGGGGAAACGGGGGCCAGAUUCACCCAACCUGAAACAUUCUUCGAAGUAACUUUUUCCUAUUUUGGCGUACCCCAGUUGCGCCUCGGGUGGCUCUCGGCUGUCCCCCACUCCGACUGCUCAUUUUCUGUCCUUUUUGGAGAGUAAAGGAAAGGGAAGUCCUUCAGCCACGCUACCCCCUUUCCCCCUGCCUCGCAGUUUGGAUUGCGCUUCUUGGAUUUCAUUUUUAUUUAUUCUAUUUAUUUAUUUAUUGGUUCUUAAGACGCGAGGGGAUGGUGGCGGAGCGCGCCCGCAAAGGGUCAGCCACCGGCACUCGCGGCCCUGGGGAGCUGGGCGCGCCCGGGACCGGGACCGGGACGGUGGCGUUGGCGGAGCAGUGCGCGAGGCUACCGAGCCCCGGGUGCUGCGGACUGCUGGCGCUGGCUCUGUGUUCGCUGGCGCUCAGUCUGCUCGCCCACUUUCGGACCGCGGAGUUGCAGGCCCGGGUGCUGCGCCUGGAAGCGGAGCGCGGGGAACAGCAAAUGGAGAAAGCUAUUUUGGGACGAGUCAACCAACUGCUGGACGAGAAAUGGAAGUUCUACUCACGCAGACGCCGGGAGGCUCCGAAGAUGUCUCCGGGAUGUAACUGCCCACCAGGACCUCCUGGCCCCACUGGAAGACCUGGACUCCCUGGAGACAAGGGUGCCAUUGGGAUGCCUGGACGUGUGGGUGUCAAAGGUCAACCAGGCGAGAAGGGUGCUCCUGGAGAUGCGGGAAUGUCCAUCAUCGGGCCUCGAGGCCCCCCUGGCCAGCCAGGCACUCGAGGCUUCCCUGGAUUUCCGGGUCCCAUUGGUCUUGACGGCAAGCCGGGCCGCCCGGGACCUAAAGGGGAGACGGGCCUGGUGGGUCCCCGAGGACAACCGGGCCCUCAGGGACAAAAGGGAGAAAAGGGUCAGUGUGGCGAGUACCCACACCGGGAGUACCCAAUCGGCGUUCUAGCAGCUCUGCGCGCCAACCCGAUAAUUUCCCUAAAGCUGUUGCCUCUCCUCAAUUCUGUGAGGCUGGCUCCACCCCCAGUCAUUAAAAGGCGGACCUUUCAGGGGGAACAAGGCCAGGCUGGCAUCCAAGGGCCUCCAGGGCCACCGGGCCCCCCAGGACCAAGUGGCCCUCUGGGACACCCAGGACUGCCAGGGCCUAUAGGGCCCCCUGGCUUACCUGGGCCUCCUGGACCAAAGGGAGACCCAGGGAUCCAGGGCUACCAUGGCCGCAAGGGAGAGCGAGGCAUGCCGGGGAUGCCGGGCAAGCAUGGCGCCAAGGGGACUCCUGGGAUUGCCGUGGCUGGGAUGAAGGGCGAGCCAGGGACUCCAGGAGCCAAGGGUGAGAAGGGAGCUACAGGCUCUCCUGGGCUCUCUGGCCUCUUGGGGCAGAAGGGAGAAAAGGGUGAUGCAGGCAAUGCCAUUGGAGGAGGCAGGGGGGAGCCUGGCCCCCCAGGGCUCCCUGGGCCCCCUGGGCCAAAGGGAGAAGCUGGUGUCGAUGGCCAGGCUGGGCCCCCAGGACAGCAAGGAGACAAGGGGCAGCCAGGAGCCGCUGGGGAACAGGGACCAGCUGGCCCCAAGGGCUCUAAGGGUGAACCCGGCAAGGGAGAGAUGGUGGAUUACAAUGGAAACAUCAACGAGGCACUUCAGGAGAUCAGGACACUGGCCUUGAUGGGUCCUCCUGGUCUUCCUGGACAAACAGGCCCACCUGGACCUCCAGGGAGCCCAGGUCAAAGGGGGGAGAUUGGACUGCCAGGCCCUCCAGGACACGAUGGGGACAAGGGACCUCGAGGAAAACCCGGAGACAUUGGGCCCGCUGGCCCCCAAGGGCCCCCAGGAAAGGAUGGGCCUCCGGGGAUGAAGGGAGAGGCUGGACCCCCAGGGAGCCCCGGGGAGAAAGGGGAGACAGGACCAGCAGGCCCCCAGGGUCUAGACGGCCCAACUGGGGAGAAAGGAGAGCCAGGUGACGAAGGGAAGCCCGGAGCAACAGGAUUACCUGGGCCCAUCGGGCUCCCGGGAUUCACAGGAGAAAAAGGAGAAGCUGGAGAGAAAGGGGACCCAGGAGCGGAGGUUCCUGGGCCACCAGGGCCAGAGGGGCCUCCAGGACCUCCGGGCCUCCAAGGUGUUCCUGGACCAAAGGGAGAAGCAGGCCUAGAUGGCUCCAAAGGAGAGAAGGGUUCCCAGGGAGAAAAAGGAGACCGGGGGCCUCUGGGAUUGCCUGGUACUCCAGGACCAAUCGGAGUUCCAGGCCCAGCCGGACCAAAAGGCGAGAGGGGCAGCAAAGGAGACCCAGGGAUGACAGGACCAAUGGGAGCAUCAGGGCUUCCUGGUUUACACGGACCACCCGGGGACAAAGGAAACCGGGGGGAGAGGGGGAAGAAAGGCUCUAGAGGGCCUAAAGGGGAUAAAGGGGACCAAGGAGCACCUGGACUAGACGCACCCUGCCCGCUGGGAGAAGAUGGCUUACCAGUCCAAGGCUGCUGGAACAAGUGACGCCUCUAACCUUGGAUUGGCCUGUGUGUGUUUGUACAUAGGAUAUUUAUUUUUAUACAGUUUUCACUUUUUGAAAAUGCCCAAAGUAUGGUGCAUCUUGCAGAUCAUUAAAAAAGAGAAAAGAGGAAAGCCUGCAUAUUUUGUACAGAAAAUAACCCCUUUCCCUUUUGUUUACAAGACAUUUUUGUAUAAAUCUGUUUCUAAUACACUGUCUGUGAGUCUGCUCUUAAUGUUGCAUGAUAUUUGUGCACACUUAUUAAACAUCACAACUUAGUAAA